GCCCACCGCCCCAGCCCAGGGCCACCGCGGGUCGCCCCGCAACUGGCUGCGGGGUCUGCGGUUUCGACCCCUGGGUAGAGAGAUGCCUGGACUGUGGAGGAUGGGCGGCGGGGCGGGGCGGGGCGGGUGCAACCCCCGAGGACUCUGCCUCUGCCCCGCCUUCCAGCCCCGAGGGGCGGACCGGCGUCUGGAAAGUUGAGAGGCGCUCGGGGUGGGGUCAGGAAAGGGCCGCUGCUGCCCUCCGGUGGCCAACUAGCCACCCGCGCCUACACCACCUGGGACUUCGCGGGAGGCCGGACUGGAAAACGGCGGACUCCGGGACUCCCGAGGAGAGGGCUGCAGAUGCCCGCCCUCUGCUCCUAGAAUCUUUGCGGAGUAGAGUGAGUCUGAGGCCAGUGGAUGAACAGACAGAAGCUAAAAGAUCCCCAAAAAGGAUGCAUGAGAGGGCCGCGCGGAACUGCAGCACUGGCAGCUGGCUGCUAGCACUUUGCUUGGCUUGGCUGUGGACCUUCCUGGCCUCUGCUUCCUUGCAGCCUCCAACUCCCACAGUCCUCGUGAAGCAGGGCACCUGCGAGGUGAUUGCUGCUCACCGCUGCUGCAACCGGAACCACAUCGAGGAGCGCUCCCAGACGGUCAAAUGUUCUUGCUUUUCUGGCCAGGUGGCUGGUACCACGCGGGCAAAGCCCUCCUGUGUGGACGCCUCCAUCGUCUUGCAGAAGUGGUGGUGUCAGAUGGAGCCCUGCCUGCUGGGGGAGGAGUGUAAAGUGCUCCCGGACCUGUCGGGAUGGAGCUGCAGCAGUGGACACAAAGUCAAAACCACCAAGGUCACACGAUAGCUCUUGAGGUCAUGGCCUAGACAGGACAGCUUGAUUGAGCCAUGGACUGAAGAAUGGUAUCCAGUUAUCAGCCAGCAAAUAUGGAGAUUCUCUUACCUGGACACACGCCCAUGCCAAAUGCAGCAUCACUCUUCCAGGGGCAUUUCAGUUAAGGUGCUCAGCAGCUGUGGGCAGAUCUCCAGCCGCAUACCUAGUGUUGUGCUGGGCUCUCCUGGGGCACACAGAAGAAGGCUGAGAGACAGUUCCUGCCCUCAAGGAAUGUCCAGUCAAGUUGGAGAGCUGACAAAAGACAAUUUAAUAAUUGAGAUUAAACCCUGUGGUAUCAGA